GUGGUGGUGGUGGAGGGCGGGUGCUAUCAGGGCCAGCCCUGAACUCGCUGGACAGAGCUACAGACCCAUGGGGCCUCGCAGUGCCCGCUGAGAGAGGGAGAAGACAGCAGAGGGGUUGCCAAGGUGCCCUCCAAACCCCAGAUCAUGUCUCUUUGGGGCCUGGUCUCCCAGAUGCCCCCAGAAAAACUGCAGCGGCUCUAUGUGGACUUUCCCCAUCACCUGCGGCACCUCCUGGGUGAAUGGCUGGAGAACCAGCCCUGGGAGUUCCUGGUCGGCUCAGAUGCCUUCUGCUCCAACAUGGCCAGCACCUUACUUUCUGCCACUGUCCAGCACCUUCAGGCCUCUGCCAGAAAGCAGGGCGAGGGGAGUGCCAUCUUGCAGCACAUCAGCACCCUGGAGAGCAUAUAUCAGAGGGACCCUCUGAAGCUGGUGGCCACUUUCAGACAAAUACUUCAAGGGGAGAAAAAAACUGUUAUGGAGCAGUUCCGCCACCUGCCAAUGUCCUUCCACUGGAAGCAGGAGGAACUCAAGUUUAACACAGCCCUGCAGAGUCUGCAGCACCGAGUGGGGGAAAUCUGCGUUCUCCGAGAAGCCAUGAAGCAAGGGGCUGAGGCUGGCCAAGUGUCUCUGCACAGCUUGAUGGAAACUCCUGCCAAUGAGACUGGGCCAAGUGAGGCCCUGGCCACGUUGCUGCAGGAGACUGUCGGGGAGCUGGAGGCUGUCCAGGCCCUGGUGCUGAAGAGGAUCCAGAUUUGGAAACGGCAGCAGCAGCUGGCAGGGAAUGGUGCACCCUUUGAUGAGAGCAUGAUCCCACUACAGGAGAGAUGUGAGAGCCUGGUGGACAUUUAUUCCCAGCUACAGCAGGAGGUGGGGGCAGCUGGUGGGGAGCUUGAGCCUAAGACCCAUGCAGCGCUGCUUAACCGGCUGGAUGAAGUCCUGCGAACUCUUGUCAGCAGCUCUUUCCUGGUGGAGAAGCAGCCGCCCCAGGUUCUAAAAACUCAGACCAAGUUCCAGGCCGGGGUUCGAUUUCUGCUGGGCCUACGGUUCCUGGGGUCCCCAGCCAAGUUUCCGCUGGUCAGGGCUGACAUGGUGACCGAGAAGCAGGCGAGGGAGCUGAGCAUGCCCCAGGGACCCGGGACUGGAGCAGAAAGCACUGGGGAAAUCACCAACAACACUGUGCCCCUCGAGAACAGUGUUUCUGGGAACUGCUGCUCUGCCCUGUUCAAGAACCUGCUUCUGAAGAAAAUCAAGCGGUGUGAGCGGAAGGGCACUGAAUCUGUCACCGAGGAGAAGUGUGCUGUGCUCUUCUCCACCAGCUUCACACUUGGCUCCAACAAACUCCCCAUCCAGCUCCAGGCCCUAUCUCUGCCCCUGGUGGUCAUCGUCCAUGGCAACCAAGAUAACAAUGCCAAAGCCACCAUCUUGUGGGACAAUGCCUUCUCUGAGAUGGACCGUGUCCCCUUUGUGGUGGCUGAGCGGGUGCCCUGGGAGAAGAUGUGUGAAACUCUGAACCUCAAGUUUAUGGCUGAAGUGGGGACCAACCGGGGACUACUCCCAGAGCACUUUCUCUUCUUAGCCCAGAAGAUCUUCAAUGACAACAGCCUCAGCAUAGAGGCCUUCCAACACCGUUCUGUGUCCUGGUCACAGUUCAACAAGGAGAUCCUGCUGGGUCGUGGCUUCACGUUUUGGCAGUGGUUUGAUGGUGUCCUGGACCUCACCAAACGCUGUCUAAAAAGCUACUGGUCAGAUCGGCUGAUCAUUGGCUUCAUCAGUAAACAGUACGUCACCAGCCUUCUUCUCAACGAGCCUGAUGGAACCUUCCUCCUUCGCUUCAGUGAUUCAGAGAUUGGAGGCAUCACCAUUGCCCAUGUCAUCCGGGGCCAGGAUGGCUCCCCACAGAUAGAGAACAUCCAGCCAUUCUCCGCCAAAGACCUGUCCAUUCGCUCACUGGGAGACCGGAUUCGGGACCUUGCUCAGCUCAAAAAUCUCUACCCCAAGAAACCUAAGGACGAGGCUUUCCGGAGCCACUACAAGCAUGAACAAAUAGGUAAGGAUGGCAGGGGUUACGUCCCAGCUACAAUCAAGAUGACUGUGGAAAGGGACCAGCCACUUCCCACCCCAGAGCCCCAAAUGCCUACCAUGGUACCCACUUAUGAUCUUGGAAUGGCCCCUGACUCCAUGACCAUGCAGCUUGGACCAGACAUGGUGCCCCAGGUGUAUCCACAACACUCUCACUCCAUCCCCUCAUAUCCAGCCCUCCCACGAGAAGAAUCGGUCAAUGUGUUGCCAGCCUUCCAGGAACCUCACCUGCAGAUGCCCUUGAGCCUGCCCUUUGACCAGCCUCACCCCCACAGGACCCUGCUGCCGUGCCAGCCUCAGGAGCAUGCCAUGUCCAGCCCUGAGCCCCUGCUCUGCCAAGAUGUGACCAUGGCGGAAGAGAGCUGCCUGAGCCAGCCAGUGAGAGGGUUCCCUCAGAGCACUUGGGUUGGUGAAGAUAUGUUCCCACCCUUGCUGCCUCCCACUGAACAAGACAUCACCAAGCUUCUCCUGGAGGGGCAAGGGGAAUCAGGGGGAGGAUCCUUGGGAGCCCAGCCCCUCCUGCAGCCCUCCCCCUAUGGGCAGUCGGGGAUCUCAAUGUCCCACCUGGACCUAAGGGCCAACCCUAGUUGGUGAUCCUAGCUGGAGAGGGAGCUCAGAGAGAGAGCUCUUCUACCCCUGUGGACCUGCUCUGGAUACCUGCCUAUGCUCCUGUCAAACAACAGAUGGGAGGGUGUCUUCCUUUCCCCACCACUCCCUGGUCAGGAGAAAAAGACUGCCCAGAAAAGGCUCAGUGGAUAGAGCCUAUCCACGCCUUCCCUCCUAUCACACACCCGUCCCCUCCCUUAGCUGAAAAAGAAAUUCAAGUUCUAAAGUGAGACACGCCCCAGCAUGCCUGCACAUGCAGCACAUACACACAGCUCUACUUGGGAGAUGGGGCUGAGCAGGAAGGGGGCUGGGCAAAAACACAGGUUAAGUAGGGCAUGGAGGGCUGCUCCUUCCACCCCCAGCCAGGACCCGGAAUGCACAUGCAGAAACACACAGAUACAUGCAGACACUUGCACUAGGGCCUAGGGAUGGGGGGAUGGCCUUGGGUCCCAGCCUUGGGGGGAAUAAAGUAGUUCAGGAGAUCCUGGGUGGGAGAAGAGGGGCCUGUAUAAUUUGGUUACCGAUGUGGGUUUUGCCCAGAUUAAAAAAACAAAUCCCAACCGGCUCCAGAUUCCCGUCAGAGGCUUUCGGUUGUGUAUGAGAUGGUUCAGAAAUACACGGGCCAAGUUUCUCGGUGUAUAGCUGCGUGAAAGGGUGUGUACCUGAGACAUGUUAACAUAUAGAUGUCACAUACAUUAGUCAUUAUUGCCAUAUAGAACAUCUACCUGAUUUUGCCUACGUAACAACCUAAGUUUUGAAGUGUGAGACACUGCACAAAAGACACGGACAAACAUGCUGGUCUAAUGCAUGCUAACCCAGAUGUACUCAGCUUUGAGUAUGAGUGUGCUCAGGUUGGUCCAUGUGCCUGUAACAUCUGCAUAUGGCUGUAGCUUUGGUGCGUCAACACUGCCAAUCCCACCAAAGACGGGUGUGAGUAGGGGGCAGACCCAGGUGUGUGGUUCUCUCCAUGUAUUACGGGCCCUCCCCUGCUGCUUCCUUUCUAUUUCCCCAGCCACAGCCAGUUUUCCUACACUCCUCCAUCCUAUGCCACCCCUUCUCCCUCUUGGGGGUCAUAGAUCCUAAGCCAUAAAAUAAAUUUUAUUCCAAAAUAACAAAAUAAAUAAUCUACUGUA